GGAAGUAGCCGUGGAGGUGAUACGGACUAAACUCGCUUGACUUAGCAGGAUAUUGAACUCGGUGUCGUGUGUGUGUGUGUGUUGUUUUUCUUCCUUUUCUGAGCGAAUAACCAUAACAACGAAGCCCAUCUCUGUGGUUGCUCAUCUCACAGCGACCCCGUAUGGACGAUGAGGAGGAUGAUGUGUUUGAGCCAGACCCCCACUUCUGGCGCACCACAUUCAGGGAGAUAAAGUGCGAAGACCGGGGCACACAGACACCUGGCCCUGCUCUGGCACUGAACAACGGCAUGCUGCCCUGUGGAGUCGCAGAGGAGCCCAGACCACUCUUCUACGGCAACGCAGGUUUUCGAUUGCACUUCCCUGCACACUUUGAGCUUGUUGGGGAUCAGGAAGCGAGGCAGCAAGAAAGCGAAGAGGAACAAAACGGGAUGGAGCAGCUACCCCGGCGGCAGCCUGUAGCGCGCAGUGUGGAGGCCUGCAUUGGCCAGAAACUCCAGCUGAUAGGAGACCAGUUUCACCGGGAACACCUACAACUGUAUCAUCGAAACCAAAGGAACCAGGGGCCGCUGUGGUGGCGCCUGGCCGCAGCUCUGCUCAGCCUUCUGUUUGACAGGGGGCUUGUCGCUGGAGGAGGUGGAGCAGGACGGAGGUGAGGGGGGUCUUCCCCUCACGUCCCUUUUCUUCAUCUCUAUGAGGAACUGGACUCCUAAUGGCACUGUCAAAUCUAACACGGGUCUGUUUUUUUUGGAGGGAAAUAGAAAGGAGACAAAAGGUCACCGCGGGACGGAGACAACCAACUUUUAUAAAAGGUCGUGUGUUUUUUCUUUCCAAGAAGAUGCCAUGAUGCUCCGAGAUUCCUCUACAGGACAAUGUUCAUAUUUUCGUAUAUGUGUGGUGUAGUAGUUUUGUACAGUACAUUGUUCUUGUUAAAUUUUUUGCACUUCAACAUGUAUCCAUCUUUAAUGACCUCCACAGACCCUGGGAAUGCCUUAUUCAGUGUCUUCUGCCAGAAUGAGUAUUGAGCAAUUUUGACAGACAAGAUGAGAUGGUCAGGAAAUGUGGUGUGAGGUUUUCUUUUCUGAAGUUUCCCAGGUGACCAGUCAAGUUGAUUUACUAAUUUUCCAAAGAGGCAACUUCUCAGAACAAAGCAUUUUGCACCUCACCUCAAUGGAACAUUUGUCUUUCCUUAUUUUUCUUUGUGCUUUCUUUCUCCUCCAUUUUCUUCGGUGUGGUAUUAAGUUUGAACACGAUCCCUCGGUAUCGUUCAAAAUUUUGGGAACAAAGGAAAUUUUCUGCACAGGAAAAAGUCGGCACACCAGGAACUGUAAUCUAAAUAGCUUUUAAUCUGCACAGGUGAGUUUGAGGCAAACCUUUCUUCAGUCACGAGCCCAACAGAAUUUUUUUUUCUUUUGUUGACGGCUCAGGAAGUUUUCAGGGAGGAGUGUAGUACUGAACAUCACUCACCGGCCAAACAAGCCCGGUGACUGCCAGAAAACCUGUGUGUACAACAACUUUCACUUCAGACUCAAAGCAAGAACUGGUUGAUGCAGUUUUCAAUAUUCGGAAACAGGAUUAAUGUUUCACUGUAAACAAAUACAAAAAAAAGAAGUACAAAAAUUGUGGUUGGCUGUGAUUUAUAGGUGUUAAAUUAAUUUAUAUGACUUUUUGGGCAGUAACAAACAACCCAAUAGCAAAUAAUUAAAAGUAAACUGAUGACCCAAUGAAAUAGCUGUAAAAUCAACAUAUUGUUAAAAACUUUGAGGUUUCUCACAGUUAUUUGAACAAAUCAUUUAAAUUAAAACAUUUUUCUUGAGAAUUUACCAGUGUGGACUGUCAUAGUGUUGUUUUACACUGCCAAUUUAUUCCUGUACUAAUCAGACAACACAUUCUCUUUGAUGUCCUGAUUUUUCAAGGGUGUUUGUUACUGUGCCUGUUAAUGUAAAGCAAAUUACUCACAACCACCUGUUGGUGGCUAAAUGAUGUCAGAGAAUUAGCACGCUGGAUAGAUAUUUAGAUUAAAGUUAAGGUGUGCUGACUUUUGCAUCCAUAGGGAAAACCUUUGAAGGUCUAGCACUGUGCACUAAAUUAUAACAUUAGUGUUGAGCAUGUUGUUUGCUAUCGCAAAGUAACAUGUUCUUUCCCUCCAAAAAUAACACAACAAAGCUGUCUGGUCAGGUCUGCUGUUGUGAUCUUGAUAUUAAUUCCACCAGUUACUCGGUUUUCAGUUUGGCCUUGUUUUCAAUUUCAUUAUCCGAUACAAGAUUUCCCUUUGUUUUAGUUGUGUUUUUUUCAUGUAAUUUUUUUUUUCAGACCUCCAUGCCCUUGAAGUGGAGCUGUGGAUCCACUGUUUUUGCACUAGACUUACACCCUUCAAGAGUUCAGAUUGUUACCAAGCUAACCUCUGUCUUGUAUGAAGGUUUUCAGUUAUGACUUGUUUUCUUGCCACAACAUUUCAGACGUUCUCAUUCACACGUCCAAGACAAAUAAUCAAUCUUGAGACCUGACUGAACAUAGUCUGGAAUCUGGAUUAGAUAUGGGUUCUGGAAAUUUCAUGUACCAGUGUUUUCAGGCUACGGUAGAGUUAGAAUAGAACCACGUGCCUCGAUUGGAAGGUUUCUAAGUCUGGUUUGGUUUGUCACAGCCCAGUGUGUGUUCUGAACACGAAACAAUACUCCGUAAUCCAUCUGUGAAACAGAACGUCCUCCUCUCAGGCUACAUUCAUGGGGUUUUACACCAGUUGAUGUUCUGUUGGACGAUCUUGUAUUGUCUUUGGUGCUCAGAUCCAGAUUUGGGGACAUUUUUAGCACGUAUAACCACCACUGACUCAGCAGACAAACAGUCUCUGAAAUGAAACAAAAGUGAAAAAGACUGUAAUUAUUGUUGAAAUAUGAAUAUGUUUAAAGACACUGUUGAAGAUGCUGUUUGUUAUAUUCUCCAUUGCUGAACCCAGGCCAAUGUUUGGACCCAAGGAGCAGUACGUAUCAGGGGUCUGUAAUUACUUGCUCCUUACAAUGUGUCAAGUUUUAUCACUGCAUAAUUAGGGUUUCCUCUCAUUUUCUUAAAGAUGUCUCAGGGACAGACUUUGUGGGCUACUGGUAACCUUGAGAAUCUGUUACAUGGUUAGAAGAAGAGCGGCGUUUUCACCUGUUUAUUUAAGACGAAACCUCUCGAGGUAUCGUCAGCUCUUAUUUCCGUUUCAGUUAGAAUUUCCUCUUGAACAAUUUCUCAGCACACACGUAAAGGUACAGUUUGACUGAGGAGUCUGAGGCUGAAUUGCUGACUGUGGUGGUGACGGGGGGGGGGGGGGACUACUGAGCAUGUAGUGAAUAGGUGUGUGAGGUGCACUGAAUGUGGUUGUGGUUAUAGUUUCCUGCGGAUCCUGAACGCUGAGCCAGUCGCUGUAGUGCCCCGUCUCACCAUUGGCUCUUGACCUCCUCUUUGUGCUGCUCCUUCAUUACAUGGGUAUUGUUCAUCGGUUCAUUUUCUUAGUAAUUUAUUUUGUUUUCCUUCUUAUUUAUUGUUUGUAUAUUUGCCCAUUUCUACUGUAUACACUUGUGUGUGCAAUUGCUUCUUAUUUUCCUUUUUUUUUUUGUUUUGGUCUUGGACUUGUAUAUUCUUCAGUUGUUUGACUCCAUGCAGAGCAGAUUGGCCUGCGUUGUGCCUGACAUUGCUUCAUAUGAUAACAAACCAGAAAUCUACAUUUUUAGUAUUACUCAUCCCUUCUAGGUUGAAAAGAGGGGCUGUGACGAGUUUGUAGUUCGGCCCUCCAUGAACACCAGCAGCUAUGGUCACUUUGAAUUCCUAUCGUUACUUUUGCAAAGCACUGUAACCCAAAUGCAUUUACAGUGACCACAGCUGCUGCUCUUUCGUGGUGAAGAAAACAACAAACCUCUUACAGUUACCUUUCAAGCCUACAGGGGUGGGUGUUUGAUACUCAAAAAAUAGAUUUUGGGUGGAGUAUUUCACUUAAAGGUUGUGAUUUUCCAGGGAUGGGCCUAACCAAUUCAGACCUUUUUCAUUAUCUUCCACCAGCCAAUUCACCAGUCAUCAUGGUCAGAUUCACAAUAUGUGGUUUAGAAAAGCAGCAGUUCCAAUACAGUUUAACCUUUCAACAAAAUGUGACCUUUCCCUUAUAAUUAAUGAGUCUUCAUCCCUCCCACCCACUGCUAAUGAUACACACAGUCAUUAGAAGCGCUUCAAAACCCACAUAAAAAGGUUGCCUUCAAAAUCUUCUGAAGUCCCAGGGCGUUAGUUUAUGAGCUCAAUUCUUUAACCUUGACCAUUGUGUUGUAAUCAACAUGCACUGGAAAGUACUUUGUAUCUGGAGAUCCCAUGGGUCCCUUGUCUGUCGUGUGUUAAUGUAUAGUAUACACUCUGGAUUGUUGUCUCGGGCUAAUCUUGCCGUGUGUUGGCCGUAUAUCUGUGCAUUGACCAAGUAGGCUCUGAAAUGAUGGCCUGAUUGAUUUAUUGGAAAAGGGUUACAAGCCACCAUGGUGCCCUUUAUAAUUUUGUUAGAAUGAGGUUCCCAAACUGCACUCAUCACAUGAUAAGUGAGUGUAUAGAAUCCCGAGAGUGGGACAUGUAUUUUAUGGAAACCGCAGUGUCUUGAAUUUUGUAGUCCACUUUAUAUAAAUUUGAAGUUUUUGAGGAAGGUUUUGAUUUUUUUUUUUUUUUUAAACGAUAACGUUUCUUCUUCAUGGUGUUUCUUAACUUUUUUAAAAAUGUAUUUUCUUAAGAAAAAAGGGUCUGCUUUUUUUUAUACGGACGGUUCAUGCAUGUAAAAUAAUUUUUAAUACAAGUAGGAUCCUUUUGAAGUCCAUGAGAUCAAGGGCAUUUUUUUUUUAUAAAAAAUGAACUUGCAACAUUCCUUGCACAUCUCAUCCUGGUGUAUAAACAAAGCCAAGCAAACCAAAAUAUUUCAUGGUUGUGGUUAAUUUGGCUCAUUAACUCAUAGCUAUGAAAUAUCUGCCCUUCUUUACAGAACAGAUAAAGUGUAAAUGUAUUUCUAAAACCCUGGAAUAUGCCUUUAACUGCUCAGUUUCAGCGAAGUCUUGAUUAUCACACACUCUCUGUAUACCAAGAAAUGAGACCCAGCAAAUAUGUAGCAUUUUUGUAAACAUUGACUGUGUGUUUUCGAGACUCUACUGUGCACUCAUUUUUUUGUGUUUAUAUAUAUUUUUUGGUUGUUGAUAUAAUAUGGAAGUAAAGACAAUUUGUUAUGUAGUGCAAUAUGCUGUACAUACGGAGCUUUGCUCUACAAAUCUUUUUUUUCUGGAUUUCUUGUUUAUUGGUACUUUUUUUUUUUCAAUAAAAUUUUAUUGAAGGUG